AUGUCUUCUCUCAGCGAUGUUGUCAUCAAUGCGGCCCGCGCAACCGUCGAUAUACCUCCGCCUCCACAAUCCGUCAUCAACCUCGCCUGGGCAGAUCUCAUUUUCGCCUUCAUCUUCCUCUUCAUCAACGGAUGGAUAGCAUGGAAACAUGGAAAGGCAGGCAUGGUGUGCUGGCAAAUCCUGCUGCCGGCCUUCAUCGCUCGGAUCAUCGCGGACAUUUACCAAAUCAUCAACAAAGACCAGCCUAUGAUCCCCACCGCCGUAUCAACAAUGACUGCUUCUGCUGUUCUUGCUUGUAUUUCUCUCGCCCUCAUCGGCAUCAUAUAUGAGUGCAACACGAUUCUCCCGACGAAACCCAAAGCCUGGUCCGAGAAGAUCAUCCUCGGCGUGCUCCACCUCUUCAACACAGGCGGCAUCGCAGUGGCCACCUACGGCGGCUCGGCCAGCGCCACGGGCGAGGGUGGAGUCAUCAACCAAAGCCUCUACCGCAUCGGCACCCUCAUCCUCCUCUUCGUCCUCUUCAGCGUCUGCGGCUGGAUGUGGCCCACCUUCCGCAAGAUCCAGCGCUACUCGCGCUUCCACCCCAACGCGCGACCGGCCCGCCACAUGUUCUGGGCUGCCGUCGCCGCCAUGGCCUUUUGGCUGCUGCGCCUUGCCUACGACACCUUCUAUGCCUACGACCACCUGACCGAGCUGGACCCGGUCAUGGGCACCUUUGGCACCAAGCUCGUGCUCGUCUUUGGCACGUACCUGGGCGCCUCGAUUGCGCUGCUGGCGGGUGGCUGGCUGGGCAUGAGCAAGAUCCCUCUGGACAUGACGAUGGAGCUGGUGACUAGUUCAGAGGAGCGGCAGGAGGAUGUUGAGAUGUUGGUGCACCGGAAGUGA